AUGGCUCCUAAGUUAAAGGCUCCUGUCCCGCAGCACCUGCGCCGUGGUGCCGGUACUAAAUCGCCUGUGUCCUGUCUGCGCUGCUUCUUCCAGUGGGCUCAUCCUGACAACGACUUCACUUGGAAGGGCUGUACCUUUAAGAAUGGCAACAAGCUCUGCACCUACUGCUCGAAGGGUUACCGCGACUGCAUCAAGAUCGAUAUGCGGCGUUACGGUCGCGCCAUGGACAGGAUCGCUGAGGCUGUUACCGAGUGGACUGAGUCUGCCGCGGGCAACAUAGCGCGUUCGCAGGAGGAUCGCAAGAAGCGCGCUGCCUCGAUCCGCCAGAGCAUGAGAGCCACCAAGGCCCGCAUGCAUCGCGAGCGCACCACGCGUAAUCCCCACGAGGUGGAUCGUGACGACGAGCUGGUGGAUGAUGUGAGGGAGCUGACUGACCUGCAGUCCUGGGAGGCUGAAGAGGCGGCUGCUGCUGCUGAGGACAGUGAUGAAGACGAUGAGGAUGAUGAGGAUGAUGAGGAGGAUGCUGAGGCUGAUGAGGAGGAUGCGGGCGAUGAUGCCUAG